CCAUCCCACGGAGGCGUGGGCCGGCUCGGGAUUGGAGGUGGGUGACGCGGUAGCAGCACCACGUGCAGCUGCACCCCCCCCCCCCCCUCUCUCGCAAAGACCCGCAGCGCCAGUUUUCAGAUGCGCACGAAGCAACCCACCCACCGAUCCACACCCGCACCACGCCCACCCCCGCACUCUCGCAGCCCAGGUGGGAGCGCGCACUUCGGCCUCGGGAUGCAGCGGCUCACCCUCGUCGCACCGCCAGUGGAGCUCGGAGCUGGAGCACCGACGAGCAAGCCUUGAAUCCACUACCUGCCUUGGACGCCUUGGGAAAGGACUUUCCUUUUUAAUUUUUUUUUUUUUUUUUAAGGAGAGAAGCUCAAGUUGCGUUCAAUGCGCAACCAUGCUCAUCAUCUCGUCUCGCAGCGCGCUGCUGUCCGUCUACUAUCCGCAGAUCUUCCUCAUUCUCAGCAGCGGUAGCUACCUGACGCUCUCAUCCGUGGUAGCUCUGGGCGCCAACAUCAUCUGCAACAAGAUACCGGGCCUGGCGCCGCGUCAGCGGGCCCUGUGUCAGAGUCGCCCGGACGCCAUCAUCGUCAUCGGGGAGGGCGCCCAGCUGGGCAUCAACGAGUGCCAGUACCAGUUCCGCUACGGGCGCUGGAACUGCUCGGCCCUGGGCGAGAGGACGGUCUUCGGACAAGAGCUGAGAGUAGGUAGCCGCGAGGCGGCCUUCACGUAUGCCAUCACGGCCGCCGGCGUGGCACACGCGGUGACGGCGGCGUGCAGCCGAGGCAACCUCAGCCAGUGCGGCUGCGACCGCCAGAAGCAGGGCUACCACGACCGCGAGGAGGGCUGGAAGUGGGGCGGCUGCUCGGCCGACGUCAAGUACGGCGUGGAGUUCUCGCGCCGCUUCGUGGACGCCCGCGAGAUCAAGAAAAACGCCCGGCGCCUGAUGAACCUGCACAACAACGAGGCGGGACGGAAGAUCCUGGAAGAGCGUAUGAAGCUGGAGUGCAAGUGUCACGGCGUUUCGGGUUCCUGCACCACCAAGACCUGCUGGAUCACGCUACCCCAAUUCCGUGAGAUCGGUUACCUGCUCAAGGAACGCUACGGCGCGGCGGUUCAAGUGGAGCCGGUCCAGGCCUCCCGCCUCCGGCAGCCUUCCUUUCUGCGGCUCAAAGAAGGCCGGGCCUACCAGAAGCCCACCGACACCGACCUGGUGUACCUGGAGCACUCGCCCAACUACUGCGAGGAGGACAAGGUCACGGGCAGCACGGGGACCAGGGGUCGACUCUGCAACGGAACGUCGGCGCACACGGACGGCUGCAACGUGAUGUGCUGCGGCCGGGGUCACGACACGCACCGUUACACGCGGGUCUGGCAGUGCAACUGCAAGUUCCACUGGUGCUGCGUGGUCCGCUGCAACACCUGCAGCGAGAACGCUGAAGUUUUUACCUGCAAGUAGAACGUAGGGGGGGGGCGAGGUCAUUCAAAGUAUUUAUUCAAAGAUUUUGCACAUUUUUUUUUGGACCUCCUUUUAGGACGGGGGAGAUGUAAAGUUCCCUCACGAGCCGGUGCGGAACAAGAGAUCCUGCGGGAGAAAGGGCUUUAGGUCAAAACAAGGUUGAAAGUGACACUAUAGAAAAAAGGGCGUUGCGUGCCGCAUACGGAAAAUAAUUCCUACGACGGCAACGCGAGGGGGCACACCGCUUAAACUGGAAGUGCCGCGGUCCAAAGCGAGGGAACACCCAAAGGCGAAAAAGCCGGAAUACGACCGACUGUAACUCACACUGUAUCCUGUUUGAACACUGAAAUUAAAAUAAUUUAUGUUAGA